UGCAGAUGGCACCCGCAAAGUGUAUCGAUAAGAACGAUGAUGACGUACCGGUGUCCAUUUUGCGCGUACGAACGGUGGGACCAGAUUCGCGAUUGCGCCGAGCAUCUAAAAAGCGGGGCUUGAGUAUUACGGAUCCGUCGCGAACUGUCAAGCGGGCAGCGGUGGGGUAUAAAGCCGCGAAGGAAGGCGCGGAGUUCAUCAAAGCUGAGAUAAAAGGGCAACAAAAUAUGCGUAAUCGAGCACCUGUUGCGCGGCAAUGCGCAGAAUAUGUCCUAGAACAGAUUCAAGCAGUGCCUGAUCAUGUUUGGUUUGCAGAGCCCGUGGAUCUAGAGCGCGAUGGAUGUCCAGAUUAUCUAGAAAUUAUUCAUCAUCCCUUGGAUUUGAAAAUAAUACAGUCGCGCAUGACUGAAGGGCGAUAUGAUGCUCCCGAAUCGUUCUAUGCCAAAUUUGUCAGCGAUAUUAGGCGCAUAUUUGAUAAUGCCACUGCAUACAACUAUGAUGCUGAUCAUGUGGUACAUCUUGGAGCUAAACGAUGCUUGGGAAUUUUAGAGAUUAUAUUACGCACUGCAAGUGACGCUCUUGCAGCCGCGAUCACUGCAAAAGAGACGAGUGGCGAGGCAGCUGGUCAACACGCAGAACGAAGUGGACGGCGAGCUGUACCCUGUGCUUCGAAAAAGAUCAAGAUCAGAGCGUUACUCUCCGGUAUGGCAGCUGGCGGCGAUCUCAUCGCACUCGUGCAAAAUGUCUGCGGUUCGUUCAAGGCGGUUCCCUCAGCAAUAAUACCAACUGGGGUCCUAGGAUUAUCACAGCCGCACAAGGAUACUUCUAAACUGCCUGCUAAUACCUCAUUGCAACUGACUGAAAAGAGGCCACCCAAGGUUGCACGUCUGCGCAAAGAUGCAAGUGAAGCGGAGCGUAUUGCAGCUAUGCUCGUAGCACUUUCGGAAUAUAUUUCUUCCUGUGGCGGCGACGGCAAUCACGUGCUCUCAACAUUCUCUGCAACAAUAGAAGUCCGCAAGGAAGGUAGCACAGCCGGAACCUCAGACAUAUACUAUUACGAUGACAGUGGUCGGCGCUUCCGCAGCCGUGCGGAAGUUGCGCGGGCGCUUGGCCUAGUGCCUCUUACUGGGGGUCCAGGCAGGAAACCUCGGAGUGGAGACAUCGACCGCAGAUGUCUCAAAAUGACUGAGGCCUCUCGUCAGCGUGCCAAACGCCUCGAACUAAAGCUUGAGAAGGCUCUUGACAAAUAUGCUAGGCGCAUGGAGGCUUUUCAACGUGAUCGUAGGGUUGACGACUCCAUUCUCGACAGCGGUGCCGCCCCCGACCUCGAAAUGCUGGGGCGUCCCAUCGACUAUGCUGAAAUCGACAGUUUCUUAUCAGUCAAAGCAGGUGAUUUUUCUAACAUUCUAGCGACCUGGCAUUUUCUCAAUGCUUUUUCGAUCGAGCUUGGCAUUGGGAUUAGUCACAACGAGAUAUAUGACGACAAGAGUAGCGAUGACUGUGAUGAAGUAUUUGAUACACUUGGCGCCAUGCGACCGCACAAAGUGAUCGUGCCAUCCUUCGUGCUGGACCCAUGGAGUUGGCUCGACGCAUCCUCCACAAUGCCCCCAUGCAGAAUUCAAGUCUCGAUACGCCACGAUAAUGGAUUUCUGCGCAGAGUCCACUGCGCAAUUAUACGCUUGCUUCUGAGCGAUCCCACCGCAAACCUCUGGUGGCCAAAUAGCGCAACAGAUGAUCAGAGAGCCCCUGUUGUCCUAACUGUACAACCUCCAGCUGCACCAUCUGAGGUGGCAUCGAGGCGCCUUAGUGUUAUGGCAGCGCGUGUCAAGCUGGACACCGAGGCUGUCCUCAAGUGUGAUGCAGACGAGCCGGAGAAAAUUACUAAACGCUGGCUUGAAAUGCUCGAGGGGAUUCGCCACCUGAAGACCAACUCCGGAAACCCCAUCCGCGACGGGAUUCUCGCAAGAGACCGCGAUGCAAGGAAUCAAGCUGUUCUUGAAACCACGACUAAUGCAGCCGUCAAGCAUUUCCUUAGGCGAUGCCUUACCUGGUGGCGAUGCAAUGCUGCCGGUACCACAAAGCAUGGUGCACUGCAAGUCCUUGAUCUCAUGCGCAUUCAGAAACCUGCGCUCCUCAAUGUUCAUCCGUACCCAACUUCCUCAAACUGCAAAAGUUUUACUGAGGUAGCUACACCUACGACCACAGCGGCAGUUUCGUCAUCAGUUUCGCACUGCUUCGACGAACAUAGUGCACAGGAUGAAGACACCUGGAAUUUUACAUCACAAGUGUGUGGAAGGUAUGUAUUGCUUCCAUUUGGCGGUGAUACCGGAGUUGUUGUGGCCACUCGUGAAUCAAAUGCAAAGAUUCUCGUUGACCGGGGGGCACGAUGUGGAAGUAUUGUUGUCGAGACUCUCGGAAAUCUUUCAAUGGCGGAGCCACGUCUCUCCGCCCAGAUGGCGACACGCUUCUUGAAGGCUCGUGCAUUGCAUGCCGACGUGGCCAUACGGCCUCUAAAACCUCAUACAGGGUGCUGGGAUGCAUGCGCAUCUGCUAUUGCUGUGCGCCUUGCCGUCCAAGACGACGCAGUGCGGUCUUCCAGCGUCAAAGGCCCUGGUGCCAUCGACACCCAUGAUAUUGCAGCCGUGCGAGACAGAACUAUCGGUGAUGUCCAUCACAAACUUUCCGAGCCCUUCGCAUGGUGUGAUACUGACACGCUUAGUGUUGACCCACUUGUAGCUGCCACGGACAAGCUACGUUGCGGUGGCACAUAUGACUGCCUUGCUGUUUUUGAGCGCGCCGCUUUACUUGAUGCACUGAUACGUGGAGCGAUGCGGUUGGUGUCUAUAGCUAGCACAUGCGAUGCACGCGUUGAAUCUUGGAAGAUGAGGGAGCGCAAUAUGACCGAAGCUCGAGAGUCAACCAAAGAGACAAAACUGAAACGACGCGAUUUCCACGAAAGUAAAGCACGCUCGGAGCUCGAAGCUCGUGCACGCUUGAGUGCGGAAGAUCGCCGAAAAGAAAGCGGACAAAAUUGGAACCCUGGAUCCAGUGAACCGAAUGUGCAGAGCCAUGCCGUCGACCAUCUCGCUGUUGCUCGAGCUGAAAUCUGUAGUGACGAUAAAGUGCGACGUCGCACAGAGCAAUUAGCUGAUGCAUGCGCAUGCGGUUGUGGUCCGCAUGAAGAGCUCAUCCUAUGCAGUCACGAUCAUGUUCGUAAUCGCGAAGCAACCAUGGCUGCAAUGAGCGACUGUGAGGCAUCAGCUCUGUUUGCUGACCGCGUUUCUAUCGAUAACGAUGCUGCCAUUGCACAUCUUUAUGCACGUCAAGCUCGAGACAAUCUCCACGCCCUCCGUCGGCAUGCUCUCGAGAGCCUUGAGCAUGUACUUGAUGUUACUGAAGUAUCUCGACGCAACAAAUUGGUCAUUGAGGCUGGUAUUCAACGCUGUGAAGAUGCUCAGUUUGCCAGUAAAUUUCCAAGCGAAAGUAAUUCUCAAGCUAGCCGCUGGGUCCUUGAUCUCCUCAGAAAAGGUUACCUCACGCUACGUGACGUUCGCGAUGCACUCACCAACGAAUGCGCCGAAAAGCGAGCCAGGAUCGAGAUCUUGAAUAUGUCUCAAAUUCGAGGAUGUGUUCUCGGGGUUGACCGACUUCGACGUACGUAUGUGUCCCUCGAGUGUGGACUCGACCACGAUGCUCGUGUCUGGUGUCUCCCAAGGCAACAAGGCUUUGGACCGUGGUACCAGAUCGAAGGAUCUGCCAACCUCCAAUCUUUACAGUCUCGCCUGGGUGCUCGUGGGGCUCGUGAGUCUCUCCUUCAAGCUGAGCUCGCGGUAUUCGACUUUGGCGCCCUUCAAGUACCGAAUUCACCCAUGUCAAAUUAGGCCCAGUAGGAGAUUAUUCUGCUAUUCCAAAAUGACACGCUAAGGCCAGGUGCCGCCGAACGCAGCGGCCGAACGCGGGAAAUACGACGCUUUCUAGUUUGGGGCCCCCAGCCGCCGGCCCUAUUGUCGGGGGCGUUGCCCUGGGUAGCGAGCGCUGGUAGCGAGAUAGUGGACCCGUGGAUAGUAACAUAUCCCGCCGGCGGGAUAUGUU